GUUUAUUCGAUCGUUAUUUAAUCAUGUUUAGCUUUAUGAAACCUGAACCUAAACGAACCAAAGUGAAAACAACGACGAGCUCCGACAGCAGUGGUUCGAAUGUUUCCGUAACAACGAACGUUAGUCGAGCCGUGACGAAACCACCGAGGCCAGCGAAAGCUCCACCCGCUCCACCUGUACUUAAUGGCGAUGGAACGCUGCCUGAAUUUCCUUGCAAAGUCUGUGGAAGGUAAGAGAGGGGUGUUUGCAUCAGGCGUAGUGAAUUGCAGAAGUCACAGUGGUGUAACUUAAUUAUUUUUAUCACUUGCCAUCAAGGCAAGUUAGACAUUAAAAUUGCUUGCCCCCAAUAAAAUUCGCUUGCCAUCAGGUCUAGUUUUGCUCUCACAUAUUAAAAGCACAGUUCAGCCUUUUGAUUGAUGUUUUUUAAAGCGCAUUUCAGCCCGUAGAUUGAUGUUUUAAAAUGUUAAAAUCGUUUUUUGCAAUUAAAAGGGCUGAAAUACACCUUAAAAACCAUCGUUGAAAAUGCUGAACUCUGCCUUUAAGAAAAUUUGAAGCAAAUGAUCGCAGUAAGGAUUGAUCACAGGAUUGAUUAAUCAACAUUUUAGUCUUAUGUUUCUCUUAAAAAAAUCAUUUGAAGAUUUAAUCGUGAUUAUGAAGUGUUCAUUUCAAUUUUGUGUAGCAAUUAAUUUCUGGCGAAACAUUCGGUUUCCUUGAUUUGGUUAAGACUAUAGAUUAUCAAAGUCGCAAUAAAACAGACCAUUUUCGUUUCCCCUAAGAAAGAUCUUAAAAUAUGUCUUGCACACACAUAAAAACACACAAGUUGUAACAAACCUACAGCAGACUUGUAGCAAUGCUGUUCCAACAACUUGUCAACAGGAUGUGUUCGCACUGCUUGUUCCCAGCUUGUUAACAACUUGCUACAAGGUUCUUAAGCUCAACAGACUUGUUUCAAGUUGUUCCAAGAACUUGUUAUCGUCCUGCAAUUCACCAAUUUGUUAACAACUUGUGAGUGACAACUUUGUAGCAACUUGAUAAAAUAACAACAUUGUUACAACUCGCUGACAAGCUUGCUACAAGCCUGUUGUGAACACAUCUUGUUGACAAGUUGUGAAAUUUGUGCGUAUUGUGGACGCAAGUUAGGAUGGUAUCAAAUUUAAUACAUUUGAAUUUUUUUAGAAUAUUCCACAAGAUCAAAAGUCGUUCGGCUCACAUGAAGACGCACGUGAAACGAAAUGAUGACGAUACCAAAUCAAAAUCAUAACUCAAGGUAUCCUUAUCCAUCCCGUAUUCACCCUCGUCUGUUGCGGGUGGAACGCCUGCGUGCAGGCUAAACUGCUGAUGUUGGUUGAAAGAUUUAAAAGUUGGUCAUAUUCCAUACGUAAUCAUAGCUUUAUUAUUCCCUUAUUCGCUAGAGCCAGGGAAUAUUAAACAUUUCAAUGAACAUAACUCAAAGUUAAACCUGUAUAUUGUGGUAAGAAUUCCUGUCCACAUAAUUACCCGUUUUUCAUUUUAUCCAGAAAAAGUUCCCUGUCAUGUCACUCAGCGCAUGCGUACAUUAUUUUCAAGUAAAAUUUUAAUAUAAAAUUUAAAAAUUACGUCCGCUAAUUCAACAUAAUUAUAUAAAACGUUACUUUUAUACCGAUUUUGUAAAAUGUAUAUAGUCAAAAAGUUCCAUAUUGACAAUGGGUGUGAAUAUAUUGUAUAUAGUUAUAUAAAUAUGGUUCUAUUUACAUUAUGUAUAUGAAUAUAAGCCAUAAACGGUUAUUUCACGUCAAGUCGACAUUAAUACAGUUCGUCCGUUGCGUCGGGACGUAAGUUUAGAAGCGCGUUCGCUCGAUUAUUCUUACGUUCGGUUUGUUUGCCCAAUUUGAUGGCACACACUCCUCCCUUUGAGAGAAGUUUUCCAUUAAAAAAGUUCUGGUGUUUGCCAGAGUAAAAUGCUUUUCUCAACAUAACAUACCUACAACCGAUAUAGCAAUUAACAGACCGAAUGUGGUGCAUUUUCCCGCGCGUAAUACAAAUUAAUACAAAAUUUCGCAGGGCUAUAUUUUCCGCAUUUUACAACAUUUCGCAACCAAACUUUGCAAUUUUACUAAUUUUAACAUGCUCUUUCUAGCUGUGAUGAUGGAUUUUGUUCUUCUCGCCUAGAUCAAAAUUUAGCCUAUAACUGGAAUCAUUAGGCAUUGCAUUGUUUGUUUUUUUUCAAGACUCGUGGAGAGCAUGUUCCAUGUUGGAUAUUCUCUAUUUUCACGUUAUUUUUGACAAUGAACCUCCAGUCCAACAAAUUAACGUUUUCUGUCAAUUUGGGCAAACAAAUAUGGCUGGCUAUCAUAUGCUCUGAUUUGUAAUAUAUAACUAAAUAUUCAAACUAGGCCAUUGAACUCAGAAAACCAAUUUUCUCUGAACAGAAAUAAUUUAAAGCUAUACAUUUCGAGGAAAUACACCAAAAUCUAGCCGUAAAACUAAGAAUAGAAUUUUUUUUAAAGUUUCUUUGAAUCGAGUACAAUUUUAGCAAAGUCUGUGUAAGGCCUUGACGUUUACACUAAGUUUCUGUGAUCACAGUAGGAAUUUUGUAUGGGUAAAUUCUAAGUUUUGAAGGAUUUGUAAGAAAUGUUUGAUGGACUGGCUUAGUGCUUAACAUUUCUUACAAAUCCUUCAAAACUUAGAAUUUACCUAUGCAAAAUUUCUACUGUGAUCACAGAAAGGUCAGUUUGACAAAGACGAUUCAAUAAUUGAAGUUAGGCUUUUGUUAGUUUCAAAUUAGCCCUGUGUCUGUACACAAGCUUGUUUCAAAUUUGAGAUUAAAGGAAAAUUUUAAGUCCAAUACCUAAGGUCGUAUCAUUAUAAGACAUUGUGUAGGAUAUAUUGUAAACUUUGUAAUUUUACAGUUCAUUGAGUUCAAUGGUCUAGACUAAUUAUCAUUCUUUUAUAUCGUAACCAACGAUUAAGAAAGAGAUAUACCGUUAUUUUUUGUUUAUCCCUAUUUUGCAUUAUUAUAUUUAUAUUUGAGAUGACGUAGCACACAAUGUAUUAUAGUAUUAAGGUGAUUCGUGGAAGAGAGAAAAUGCUGGUCAUUUUAUUAUAAUGUAAGAUUAAUAAGUAAGUUUAUAGAUGGUAAAUUAAAUAUUUAUUGGGCUGAGUGUGGUGUUGUUUUACUGAUAAAUAAACGAAAUUGAUUUGAUACUUUGUUAAUUGAUUUGAUAAUUUGUUAAUUGAUUUGAUUAGCGUGCGUG